GUAACUGCCUGGUGGUGGUGGCGGCCAGAUCCUCCGUCCUUUCCGUGGACCCCAGUGGGGCAGGGUGGGUCCCAAGAUGCCCCCUGCUCCUGUCACCCACUUCCCUCACAUUCUCUCCUCUGGAUUCCCAGGAGGCUGGUGCCAGGGAGACAAGCCCCCAUCCACCCCCAUUUGCACUGAGAAGAGAAAUUACGGAGCUUUGUCUCCUAGAAUAAAGAUAGAGAGUCAUGUGGAAAGAAGGAAGAAAGAGAGACAUAUAUUAUAUAUUAUAUAUAUACUGAGAAGGAGAGAAGAAGCUGGGAUGCCGCGUAGGGCCCGUGGCUCCGAAGCACACCCUCCCUGUCUGUCCUGGUGGGGGCUGGCUCUGGGGUCCUGAGGCCGCUGCUGUGCCCCAGUUCUGUGUUCUGUGUUCCGGUGCCGAUGCCCGUGCCCAUGCCCACAUCCAGCCUUUCAGCUCAGGUCCACCUUGGGGGAAAGCCUGCGAGGGUGUCGGGCCCGAGGAGGGCCGUGCCUUCGCUCAGACCCUGCACUUUCACCCAGGCGCCUGGCCCUGGGGAGUGGGGCCUCCCUGGCAACAUCCCCAGGGGCCCUGAAUCAGUUUGGCUGGGCCCCCUUGCCCAGGGGCCUGGGGUCCCAGCCCUGCUGCCAUGUGGCCUUGUCCCCCCUCCCCCAGCCUGGCGUGAGUGUGCGAGUGUUCGUGCUGAGCUUCUAUUUCAUAUUGCAAAUAUAAAUAAAGGAAGACUGUUUACGAUUCUUGAUGGUCAGACCUUGAGUUCUGGAAUGUGGGGUGGAGAGCAGCUUCCCCUCUGAGGCUGUGAACCUUGUGGGACAUGGUCCUUGGUGGGGCGGUGACCCACCCAGCUGAGGCAGAGAUUUCCAGGAGGAAAUCUGCCCGUCCCCAAUCUACAUGGAUCCACACCCUCACAGCACAUCUGCAUUUGACAUCCCGAAGUGUACCUGGCCUGCAUGUGUAGGCUCGGUGGGGCACUGCUGAGUCUGCCUCCCAGCCAGAUCCACCUUCCCUGCACUGCUAGGGACUUGGGGUAGCUGGGGAGCCCUGGGCUCUGGAGGCCUCAGGUUCUUGCUGGUGGAAGGAGGGAAGUUGGAAUCCUACGCUCAUCCCUGGUGGGAAGCAGUGAGCCAUGUUACGGGUGAGUGGGUUUCCAAUGAGGCACAUGACACCACCAUCACCACCCCCGCAAUUCCCUGAGCCCCUUGGUCCCUGUGGCAGUCCCCAUCUUCCAGAUGGGAAGGCUGAAGAGUGAGCACUGCAUGCAGGGGGUAAGUAUCCUGGCAAACUGCUGCAGUGACCCCUGCACUGGGCACAAGGACAGCAUCCUCACUGCACCUUCAUUCAGCCAGUGCUUGGCAGGGAAUGGAGCAGGAAGGCCCCUUCCCACUACCUUCCCACCCUCCCUGGCUGGCCCACUCCAUUGGAAUCCUGAGCUGCCCCUUCUGAUUGGCUGGGCACAGGACAAUGGGAAGGGUACUUGUGGGCCUCACCCCCCAGGCAGAAGAAACUAGGCCAGGUUCGUGUGUGCUGGGCAAGGGCUGUGAAGACGGAGGGACCCUUGGGUCCCGAUGGGCACCUUAUUAGAGGGCAUCAAGCAAGGGCAACUCCUCAGGGGGAGCAGUUUCUCUCUGGGUGCUGUUAUCAGUCCCAGCAUCCACAGGACGCUCUUUGGGUUAAUGUGUAACCAUGACCUCUUUCCUCCUUACCCUGACCUACCAGCUUCCAGGUACAGGGGACUCUGGCAUCGUACCUGCAUGGAGAGUGGGAAGGAAGUGCUGCUCCUGAAGACGCUCCUAGUCCAACACCAGCAGGCCCGCAGAUGGCUGAGCCCCUUCAUUGUCACCUGUUCCAUCUACUUCCUCCUCUGGAUUCCUGAGAGCCAGUCGACCUGGGUCAGCGCCCUGGUCAAGAGCCUGCCUGUGCUCUCCCUGGUGGUGUACCCAUGGGCCCUGACCUCUGGCGGGAGCUACGCCUGGCUUCUCCAGGGAGGCCUUGUGUGCUCGGCUGUGGGGAACGCCUGCCUCAUCUGGCCCGAGGCCUUCCUUCAUGGUAUGACCGCCUUUGCUGCUGCCCACUUCCUGUAUUUCUGUGCCUUCGGGCUCUCCCCGCUGCAGCCGGCCCUGCUGCUGCUCACCAUCCUGGUCUCUGUGGUAUACUACGGCCUGCUUCUGCUGUACCUUGAGCCGGACAUGUUCCUGCCAGUGGCAGUCUACGUGCUGGUGGUGUCCGCCAUGCUAUGGCGUGGCCUGGCCCAGGGUGGGAGUGCUGGCUGGGGCGUUCUGCUCCUCGCGCUUUCUGAUGCCAUGCUGGCCUGGGAUGUCUUUGUCCACCCCCUGCCCUAUGCCCGCCUGGUGACCAUGUCCACCUACUACUUAGCCCAGCUGCUCAUCACCCUGUCAGUCAAGAGCCUAGGGCUCAAGAACGACUGACCAGGAGCCAGAUGCCCAGUCCCCUCCCUCCCCUCCCCCAGAGACUGACCCAGCCUGAGAAACACCCCCACGGCCAAGCCUUGGGUGCAGCUGUGGUGCUGUCUGUCUCAAGACGCUUGUGUGCUGUUGGCAUUCCAAGCCUGCCGCUGGGUUCAAGCUUCCUUCCCUGGGUUCUGGCUCUGGACUCUGGGCCUCUUGGCCAGACCCGUGUUCUGCCUUCCCCUGUCUCCCCACCAUCUGCUCCUUCCCACAGCUCCCAUCUGUCUUCUUGUUGCCAAGUAAAGUGGGUAUUGAAACAGA